GUUAAGAUCCUUUUUGAAUAUGCACAGGUCGUCCAAAAUCCAAUGCCGAGGAUUACGCCGCACGGCUUACUCAGCGAAUCACUUCGGCAGAGCCGGACGGCAUCUUCUGGUGAACGGCACCGUCAAAGCUUUGUUUCUAACCACCAUCUCGUUUCUCGUUCACUAUGCCUCGUCAAUCACGUCCCCGCGCUUCCGGUCCAGCCCGAGCUGCACCUGCUCCAGCACAGACCAGAAGUGCCCAUACCGCAGCUGCCCCUGCAUCUGCCUUUGCUUCUCCCUCUCCUGCCAGGGCACCAGCACCACCUGCAAAUGUACCCCAUGCACCGACGUCGACAGCGACACCAUCUAAGGAGCCAGGACUGAUGGCCCAAAUGGCGGCCACGGCUGGCUCAGUAGCCAUCGGUUCGACCAUCGGCCAUGGCCUCUCCAACAUGCUUUUCGGUGGAGGAAGCGCUGCGGCUGCUGAAGCCCCCACUCAGGCUCAAGCUCCUGUCCAGCAACAACAGGCAGGCGGAUUGAGCUGUGAAGCGCAAGCGAAAGAUUUCACCAAGUGCCUGGAUAAGGCAGAUCUCCCGUCAUGCACAUGGUACCUCGAGCAGCUGAAGGCGUGCCAAGCUGCCGCUGCUCCUUAUUAGAUGCCGCCCAGUCGUGCGUAGACUUUAAUCCCUAGAUCCAUGCGAUAGAAUCUUCAAGAAGAGAUAUCUUAUCCGAUAUCUUUUUACCUCCAUAACAACGCUGUCGUAUGUGCAUCAAAUAAAAAGUUGAUUAGCCAUUUGUUAGCGGUCUACCGCGCUCGCGAAGAAAUCUCUCCGGAGCUCGACGGAGAAUUGAUGUCAGAACAUCAAGACUCAUAUAAAGACCAAGAACACUAGCCGCAGAUUCAUAGAGAAUACAAGAUU